ACACAAACUGUUAUAAAUUCCAGACACUUGGACAGUGAGGGGGGCACUAUCUGAAUUUCAGCUUUCUUUAGCCAUCUAAAAGUAGCGCCUUUGUUUCUCCUUUAAACCAUUGCUCACUUUUAAUAACUAGUACUGUCGUUUGUCAAUUUGUACAUUCUUGCAAGACCAAAAUAUUAUGGUCUGUGCACGUGCAUUUUCCAAACCCUUAGGGAAUGCCUCGGUUACCUGGAGGGAGCUCUUUCUGCUCAGCAUGUUGAAGUUUGUACUCAGCUCUGGGUGGAAUGCAGUGAGCAGGUUGAGACCUGAACUUCCGCAAAAGAAAAAAAGGCAGGAAGCUCAAUAACUGUCAGCGAACAGCGUACUCAGCACAACACGCCCUGCUAUGUGCGCAUGGUGCCCCAUGCAUUAUUUUAGAAUUUAAAUCUCAGCACAGGUUUGGUCAUAUAUAACUGGACAUAAAGCCAUCACUUUAAAGAUGGACGAUAUUGACGCAAUGUUCAGCGACCUGCUGGGGGAGAUGGACCUCCUCACACAGAGUUUAGGGGUGGACACGGUUCCCCCAGAGUCUAAAUCCAGCUCAAACAAAGAGAUCAGCUUCUCCAUCGGGUUCACAGAUAUGAAUGAAUCUUUGAAUGAACUGGAAGACAACGAUUUGGACGCCUUGAUGGCGGACCUGGUGGCGGAUAUCAGCGCAACAGAAGAUAGGCUGAAGUCAGCAGAGAGCAGCCACCUCAAGCCCCACCCGGACCCCAUGGGCCUGCCUCCGCCACCCCCGCCUUCACAGAAUUACAGCUUCCCUGCUCCGCCCAGCAAUGACAGCAGCAGCAGAGUCCCUGACCCCACGCCCGCAGCCAUCCCUCCAGCACCUCCCCCUCAAGCCCCACAAGCCCCAGCCCCUCCACAGGCCUCUAAACCUUUAUUACCGGAAGAAGUAGAAGCACAAGCCAAAGCAGACAAAAUAAAGCUUGCUCUGGAAAAGCUGAAGGAGGCCAAAGUAAAGAAGCUUGUCGUAAAAGUGCACAUGAACGACGGCAGCUCCAAGACCCUGAUGGUGGACGAGAGGCAGACGGUGCGAGAUGUGGUGGACAACCUCUUCGAAAAGACACACUGUGACGGUGGGGUGGACUGGAGUCUGUAUGAAACCAACCCUGAGCUUCAGCUCGAAAGAGGCUUUGAAGACCAUGAGAAUUUAGUAGAACCUUUGUCUGCAUGGACACGAGACAGUGAAAACCAGAUUCUCUUUCUGGAGAGAAUUGAUAAAUACGCUGUCUUUAAAAACCCUCAGAACUUCUAUCUCUGGAAGAAAGACAAAAAGGCUCUCAAGGACAUGAAAGAGAAGGACAAAGAAAUGCUGCUGGAGGAGAACUUCUGUGGGUCCUCCAUCAUUGUUCCUGAUCUGGAGGGGCCUCUGUACCUGAAAGAGGAUGGAAAGAGGUCCUGGAAACAGCGUUACUUCCUGCUGCGGGCUUCUGGGAUUUAUUAUGUUCCCAAAGGAAAGAGCAAGACGUCGCGCGACUUGGCUUGCUUCGUCCAGUUCGACAACGUGAAUGUCUACUACGGCAAGGAGUACAAACAUAAAUACAAGGCACCCACGGAGUUCUGUUUCGUUCUCAAGCACCCUCAGAUUCAGAAGGAGUCCCAGUACAUCAAAUACCUGUGUUGUGAGGAUGCCUGGACCAUGACCCUGUGGGUAACCGGGAUCCGAAUCGCCAAGUAUGGGAUGACACUGUACAACAACUACAAGGAGUCUGUAAAGAAAGCUGCAGUGUCCUCCCUGUGGUCCAACCGAACCAUCGGCAACUCCUCAAUGCCCCCCGCGGCUUCAAAAGCGACGACUUCCUCUCAGCCCAACGGACACGCUCCACAGCCCCCUGCACAGUCACCCGCCAUAGCCACCGCCUUCUCCGAGGCCUGGAAGUGUGGCGACACCAAGCUUCAUGGCAAUGCCUCCUCUCUGCCUCUCCCGCCCCCACCAGAAGAAGACUUCCUACCACCUCCUCCCCCUGACCCAGGAAUGCCACUUCCGCCCCCACCCCCAGACCCCAUGCUCCCACCCCCACCUCCCGGCCCCAUGCUCCUACCCCCACCGCCCGGCCCCAUGCUCCCACCCCCACCUCCCGACCUCAUGCUGCCACCCCCACCUCCACCCCUGUCUGGAAAGAAAGGCUUAAAGGCCUCGCUCAAAGCUGCCGCUAAGCACCAGGCAGCAAGCUUGCCCCCGCCGCCCAUGGAAGAUUUCCCACCCCCGGACUUUCUGCCACCUCCGCCUCCCGCCCCUGGACCAAGUGGGGGAGCUCCUCCCCCUCCCCCUCCGCCUCCGCCUCCGCCGCCCCCACCUCCUGCCAUGUCGGCCGCUCCUACCCCCGUCCUGAAAAAAGUGGGUCCGCCUCCACCAAGGAGGACUGAGCCCGUGGCAGCAGGGCCCCCUGGAGGCGACCUAAUGUCAGAACUGAUGUUAGCCAUGCGGAAGAAGCGGGGCGAGCAGUAGUGUUUUUGACAUGUCACAUGUUGACAAGGGUUCACCUCGCUGUCAUAUUUAUGCUAAAACUGUGGAAUAGCAAAAGUAAUACCAACCAAAUAUUUACUUAAAUCUGCAUAAAUUUUAAAGGGCUGCUCGGAGGCUCAUCCAGUUCUAGUGCAUGGAUGUGUCCCAUGGUGUGAGAUAGCAGGGCGAUGCAAUAGUAGCAUCAGCCAGGGAUGGGAGGGAUUGCACAUCAGCGAUCCCUGCUGGUCGAUCGGGCACCUGCAACCUGUUAACACAUUUAUCUGCACUGUUAAUGAAAUGUCUCGGACUGAUGCUGGUGUGACCCUGACUUGAAACGGCAGUUUGAUAAGAAGCGACAUGUGAGGAGAGCACACGCCUGUUCAUGUUCUCCUGAGCUGAUAGCGGAGGCUGCAGCAAAGAGCGCUGAUAAACAAAAAAUGGGGAAAGACAUCAAAAAUGUACAUGCCUCCUUUUUUUUUUUUUUUUUUUUAAAGUACAGCAUGCAGGUCUGUGCUCCGGUUGUAUUUUUUUAUUUUUUACUUUAUUCAUUGGGAUAAAUCAGAGAGAGUAAGGGACACAGAAAGCAAUGACAGGUCAAAAGGUUCCUUGGUGGGAAUCAAACUCAAAAUACCCACAUGGGGGAUUUUCAUAUAGCUGGAGUCAGCCACUCUAUUAACUGCACCACAUGGUUAGCCUUUUUUAAAACUCUUUUUAAUGGCACUUGUUUUUAAACAGGAAUGUAAAUGUGUCCAGCACCUUGACACAUUUGUGCCUGUAAUUACUCCUGAAGGCCAGACCCUGAAAGAUUUAAAAUGUAAAUAGCACAUCUCACCUUCUCUUAACACAUAGGGAGUACGUGUACAUACUGUAUAAACCAACAAGUUUAAAGAUGGUUAAGGAAAAGCAGACUGAAAACUUCCUGUUUGACUAUGGCAUGACUUCUCAUCUGAUUGUCACUUAUAGCAGCUACAGAACCUCUGGUGUAUGUUGAGAAAAAUAACGGAAGCAGCCCGAAUUAACUGGCUUAAUAUAAAUGUGUAUUUUAAGUG